UUCCCAAACACACCUUUCACUUCCUUUCUCUGCUUCUAACGCACUCUUCUAAACUUAACACAAUGGAGCUUAGCAAAUUGACGUUAGAGAUCUUCUCAAAAUUGGAGCAGCAAUGGCUCUCGCACUACGAAGCAUCAACCAAAACGCGCAUUCUCAGCAUUGACGGCGGAGGAACCACCGCCAUUGUCGCCGGCGCUUCCCUCGUCCACCUCGAGGACCAGAUCCGCGCCCAAACCUCCGAUCCUCACGCGCAAAUCACUGAUUACUUUGACAUCAUCGCCGGCACCGGCAUUGGCGCCAUCCUCGCCGUCAUGAUCACCGCCGACGACGGCUUCGGCCGGCCUCUGUACACCGUCAGAGACGCCGUCAACUUCCUCGCCGAAAACAACCGCGAACUCUACAAGCCGAAACGCGCCGGCGUGUUCCGCCGACGCCGUAGAUUCUCCGCGAGGAGCAUGGAAAACACGCUAAAGCGCGUUUUCAAGAGAAAAGAGGGAGAAGAACGGUUGUUGACUCUGAAGGACACGUGUAAGCCGCUACUUGUCCCUUGCUUUGACCUCAAGAGCUCUGCGCCGUUCGUGUUCUCCCGAGCCGACGCGUCCGAGUCACCGAGUUUCAACUUCGAGCUUUGGAAGGCGUGCCGCGCCACGUCAGCGACUCCUGGCGUUUUCGCGCCCUUUCACUUCUCCUCCGUCGACGGAAAAACCUCGUGCGCCGCCGUCGACGGCGGCUUAGUGAUGAACAAUCCGGCCGCGGCGGCGGUCACGCACGUCCUCCACAACAAGCGCGACUUCCCGUCGGUGAACGGCGUGGAGGAUCUCCUUGUUCUCUCCAUCGGAAACGGAGCUCCGGCGAAGAGAAUGAACAAUGCCGGCGAGUGCUCUACGUCAAUGCUGAUUGACAUUGCGCUCGACGGUGUUUCAGAGACCGUUGACCAGAUGCUAGGGAACGCCUUCUGUUGGAAUCGUACCGACUAUGUCAGGAUUCAGGCUAUCGGAUUAGGAGAUCAAGGAAAAGAUGAUGAGAAGGUACUGAACGAGAGAGUCCUUGAAUCGUUACCGUUUGGGGGAAAACGGUUACUGCAGGAGACAAACGGUAACAGAAUUGAGAGCUUCGUGCAACGUCUUGUUGCUACUGGGAAGACAAGUCUUCCACCUAGUCCGUGCAAGCUUCCGCCGUAAGCCUCUGGCUAACGGCGUUUCUUUAUUUUUAAUAUUUUUGACGCAGUAGUGACUUGUAUCCAAGGUUAGAUUAGAUUAGGCCGUGAUUAAUUAAAGAAGAAAAAAGGUGCUCAAGUUUUUAUUUUAUCUGUUGUCGGAGUGAAUAGCUGUUAAUAAAACUCACAUGGUAGAGUUUCUCGUGAUUCUU